CUGUGUCUGUGUACAUGUGUCUGUGUCUGUGUUUCCGCAUUUGUAGUCAGCAUAACCUCAGAACGCCUUUAUGGAUUGUGAUGAUAUUUAGUUUGUUGAUAGGUCGUAGGAAAACAAAGUUCAAGGUCAAAUAUGGGCCUCCUGGUGGCUGACGAUGGUACUUGGAACUUGGUACUGCAGCAAAAGAUCCGGUGUUUGUGUCCUUUGUCCUGAACAUACUAUGGUCUUGACUUUUUGGCGACAGAUAGCUUUUCCUGUCAGGAAUAAGUGAUGUGGGUUUUCCCAACUAGCAGCUCGUUCUGGAACUGCAGUGGAGUUCCUGUCGACAUCUUUUAAAGCGGAUAAGACCAGAAAGGAACAAAUUAUCUUAUCAUCUAUGGCAUAUAGGUAGCUAAGAGAUAUGUACAUAAUUAUGUAACCCUAAUUUAGGGUUGGCUAAUUUAGGGUCAUGUAACCCUAAUUUAGAGUUACGCUAACCCUAACCCUGUAGUUAUGAACUCAUUUCCCACCUCAGCUGACUCCAUGCUUGCUGACUUGCUGGUUCUCAAUGCAGAAUUUACGUCAUGCCUGACGCUAUGAUGUACUGAUGUCUCGUGCAGAAUCGAUAUCUUACUGGUAGAUUACCUAAACUCUCAAGGCCGCAUUCUAUCACAAGCUGUAGCUAAUAGCUAAAUCGCCACCCUUCCUUGCCAAAUACGAAAUGUACUUGAAUUCAUACUGUUCGCAAAUCUUACUGUUGAACAUGAUGUACAUUGACAGCGGAUCAACAAGCAAUUAUGAUAGGUCACCUCCUCCCUUUGAUGUACUGCGCCUACUGAUCUUAUGCUCACCAUGACACUACACAACCGGUACAUCUGCAAAUUAUCAAUACAUGGAUUCACCCACACAUGGUAUCAAAUCAGUUCUUGGUAUACCGCUCCAAAAGAUUCUCUCUGCUGUCCUAUAUUUGACUAAACCUCCUAAUCCACGGAUUUGUUUGUAACCACUAUAUCGAGAUGAGGUACGUUAACAUUUCAAUUCAUCGAAAAUGUCUUUAUCAGCUCUAUAUUUGCCCAUGUUUUGUAUGCUGCUUCUUUUCUGUUUCACAUGUGAUACGUGUACGGCCUUGGGAGUGUUAUCUUGACUUCAAGGGUACAGCUGUCCGGCUGCGUAAAUAGUGAACGUCACAGAUAGGACUAAGUACGUUUUACCAAGAAGCGAUAGAUAUAAGUACGACGUUCAGACAGCAUUAUCCUCGUCGGCUAUUUUCUACAUGUGCACUUUGUGGUAACUUUCUGCAGAGACUUGCCGCAUGAUGUUUGUUCCUUCUAGGCGGUGGGUGGGCAUGCUGAAAUGCUGGGGCAGAAGGAAGAUGAGCGCCGCACUAGCAGCAGGACUGAUGGAGGCUGACGAGGGACUUGCCCGGAGGAACACACCUUUUCACGCGAUACCAGGGCCGCCAAGCCUGCCGCUCAUCGGUCGGCUAAAGGACUACUCUUCUUUAGGCCGUUACGGAGUGGGCAGGCUUCACGAGCGCCAUCUUGACCUUCACCGUCAGUAUGGUGACAUCUGCAGAGAGAAGCUCCUCGGGCGCGAGAUCGUUCACGUCUUCUCUCGAGAGAUUGCACAGGAAGUCUUCAUGCAGGAAGGCCGGUACCCCGGACGGACCGUGAUCGAACCUGAUGUGGUGUACAGGACGGGACGGGGCAUCCCGCUGGGACUCCUCAACCUACAAGACGCGGAAUGGCACCGUCUAAGACGUCUGGCUCAAGACAGGAUCCUCCGGCCGGCCGUGCAGAGUGCCGUCCUCCACAACAUGGACAACAUCGCUCAGGAGUUCGUCAUGAGGACCGACAUGCUCCGCGAUCCAGGAAGUGACGUCAUGGAGAGAAAUUACAAGGACGAGCUGCACCUGUGGUCCUUGGAAUCUAUUGCCCGCCUGGCUUUCGGGAUACGUGCUGGCUGUCUAGGCAUGGAUUUGACCGAGAACUCAGACGCGAUGCAGUUGGUCCGCAGCACACAGAUGUACUUCCGCUGCCUUGGGAAGCUGAUUUUUAGUCUUCCCUUGUACAAAGUAGUCCCCACUCCCACCUGGAGAAGUAUGGCAUCAGCUCAGGAUACAUUCGUAAGAUUAUCAGAAAAUUAUAUCAGACAAGCGUGGAGAAAUGCUGAACAUGGUGACCCGGGAACCGAGGACAGCCUUCUCUUCCACCUUCUGAAGAAAUCAGAGCUCAGUAAGGAGGAGGUGGGCGCCACCAUCACGGACCUGUUCCAGGGCGGGAUCGACACGACCACCAAUGGCAUGAUGUACAGUCUGUUCGCCCUGGCCAAAAACCCGGAGGUUCAAGACUUAGUCUACCGAGAGAUCCGUACCCACCUGCCCGAGGGCGCGCCGGUCACGCCUGAGGUCCUGAGGAAAAUGAAGUAUCUUAAGGCAGUCAUCAAGGAGACUUUGAGAUUGUGGCCGGUAAUUUUUGGGAACCCCAGACUGUAUGAUUAUGACGUUGUUCUAGGUGGCUACGACGUGCCUGCAAAGACUGAAAUCCUGGUACAUCAUCGCGUCAUGUGCCGCCAGGAGAGGUAUUUCACGGAUCCACUGACCUUUGACCCAACCCGUUGGCUCCGUGACGAGAACACGUCACCAGUUCCGCCGUACCUGUUCAUGCCGUUUGGACACGGAGUGCGCAUGUGCAUCGGCCGGCGGUUUGCCGAGCAGCAGCUACAGCUCCUGAUUAUCCGGAUCUUGCAGCGGUUCCAUGUGGAGUGCCAGGAGGCGGAGUUGGGGCAGGUCUUUAGUCUGGUGCUGCUGCCCGACAGGAACCCGCGCUUCGUCUUCCGCCGCAGGCAGGGCCACACGGCGUGGGCACCGCAGGCAUGGACACACGGCGUAGGCACGACAGGCAGGGACGCACGGCGUAGGCACCGCAGACAGGGACACACGGCGUAGGCACGACAGGCAUGGACACACGGCGUAGGCACGACAGACAGGGACACACGGCGUAGGCACGACAGGCAGGGACGCACGGCGUAGGCACGACAGACAGGGACGCACGGCGUAGGCACCGCAGGCAGGGCCAUACGGCGUAGGCACCGCAGGCAUGGACUCACGGCGUAGGCACCGCAGGCAGGGACGCACGGCGUAAGCACCACAGGCAAGGACUCACGGCGUAGGCACCACAGGCAGGGACGCACGGCGUAGGCACGAGAGAGCUAUUCACCUCCGGAAUAUAACUCAUUCACAUUUAAAACUCAUUGACAUUUACAAACACUACUUGUGUACAUACUGUGCAAUCUUAUACUAUUGUAUUAGAGAGUUAGGCGUCUAUAUACAGAGGUAAAAAUGUCACUUUCCAGAAAUAUGUUUUGAAAAAGGAAUGCCCAGGGCAUUGAAUACCACGGCUGACGAAUGUAAAGCAACGUCAACCAGGAAACUAGAACUAGGUGAACAUGCUAUUCCAUAAUAAAGAUAUCAAGUACUAAACUCUAUCACUCAUCCUUGGUUGUUUAUUGUGCAAAUCAUUCAUCGAUGCUCAUGCAUUGAAUGAGUUCUUUCUCGCU